AUGGCGAGUAGUCGUGCGGGUGGUAGUGGCGGAGGCGCUAGUGAUAGUGAUAGUGAUAAUGAAUUGGAUCUCGAUGUGCAAGAGGCGAUUGAUCGAUUGCUCCGGCAGCGGCGGCGGCGAUACCUCGCCCGAUCCAUCACCGACGUCAUGUACCCCGGGACCACAUUGCUGCACAUAUUCGAGAGAAGAUACGAGUUUUUCGGGAUCGGGGAGGAUGCGGCUGUCAAACCCGGACACACGGCCGUACAGAAGUGCACUGCCGUAAUCAGGCAACUGGCGUACGGAGGCCCGACCGACAUGUUCGACGAGUACCUCCACAUUGGCGAGUCUUCAGCCGUCGAGUGUCUGCUGAAUUUUUGCGCGGGCGUUAGAUCGAUAUUCGGGGAUCGGUAUCUUCGGCGUCCGAGCCCCGAAGACUGCCAGCGGCUGAUAAAUAUGCACGGGUCGGUGCACGGGUUCCCUGGGAUGUUGGGCAGCAUAGAUUGUAUGCAUUAG